GAUAUAUAACCCCUCAUGUCUGGGGCUGAUGCAAUCCUCCAAGAAGACCGAGCGUGUCGUCAGCUUCACCAGCUAUUAAAGACAAAACAAAGACAAAACAGCCUUUUCUCUGUAACUAACCAAGGCGCCAAGAAACAAGGGACACGCGUAUCUUCGAGCUUUUAUAAAGAUCACCCAGCUAAUUAUCUGGAGAGAGCCUGUGUUUCGCAGACAAAACGAAGCAGAGCAAGCGAGGCCGCUCCGUCAUUCAUUCCAAUCCCGGUAACUGUGAAGAUGCCUUUUAUCAGAGCAUUCAGCAAGGUGGCUAAGCAGGCCCUCCUGAGCCCAGGAUGUGGCUGUCAGCCAAUCACAGUGGCCGUACGGACCAUCAGCUUCUCACCUCGCCAGGUCACCUCAGACGCCAGUUUCCACUCCGUGUCCUUCUCCGAGACGGACCACCCCAAGGUGCUCAUCACAGGUGGCCUUGGACAGUUGGGUGUAGGGCUGGCUACAAUGUUGAGGAAGCGGUUCGGAAACAACAACGUGAUCCUGUCGGACAUCAGGAAGCCUCCAAGUCACAUCUUUCACAGUGGACCCUUCAUCUACUCUGACAUCCUGGACUAUAAAAACCUUCGUGAGAUCGUUGUCAACAACCGCAUCACCUGGUUGGUUCAUUACAGUGCCCUGCUCAGUGCCGUGGGAGAGUCCAAUGUCGCUCUGGCACGGGACGUCAACAUUACUGGGCUCCACAACGUCCUGGACAUUGCAGCGGAGCACGGACUGCGUCUGUUUGUCCCCAGCACCAUCGGAGCUUUCGGGCCCACCUCUCCCCGGAACCCGACCCCUGACCUCUGUGUCCAGAGACCCAGAACCAUCUAUGGGGUCUCCAAAGUCCACGCAGAGCUCAUGGGAGAGUACUACCACCACCGCUACGGCCUUGACUUCCGCUGUCUGCGCUACCCAGGCAUCAUCUCUGCUGACUCGCAGCCUGGAGGAGGAACGACAGACUACGCGGUGGCCAUCUUUCACGACGCCGUAAAGACGGGGAAGUUUGAGUGCAACCUGAAGCCAGACACGCGGCUGCCCAUGAUGUACAUCGACGACUGUCUGCGUGCCACCGUGGAGAUGAUGGAAGCGCCCGCAGACACCCUCUCCAUGAGGACCUAUAACAUCAACGCCAUGAGCUUUACUCCUGAAGAGCUGGCUCAGGAGGUCCAGAAGCAGCUUCCGGACCUGGAGGUCACCUACGACAUCGACCAAGUCCGACAGGCCAUCGCCGACAGCUGGCCAAUGAACUUUGACGACUCUAACGCGCGGAACGACUGGGGCUGGAAACAUGACCACGACCUCCCGGAGCUCGUCCAGACCAUGCUCAACUACAUCGGCUCAGACUCGCGCAUCGCAAAGGCUAACUGAGGUGGCGUGAUGCUGGGUGGCGUGAUGCUGGGUGGCGUGAUGCUGGGUGACGUGAUGGAGCAGUGUUUCUUUGUACAUACUGUAAAGACUGUUGUUUUAUAGGAGGGAGACACGUGGUGUGUGUAAAUAGUCGUUUUGUCAUUUGGAAGGGCUCUCAAUCUGUCUGUGUGUCUCGGUGUGUGUCUCGGUGUCUGUCUGUGUGUCGGUGUCUGUCUGUGUGUCUCGGUGUCUGUCUCGGGGUCUGUCUGUCUCUGUCUGUCUGAACAAGUUACGUUCUAGGUUGCGUGAGAAGUAGCGGGCCGAUUCCCCUCCUCUCUCCCUCCCUCCCUCUCAGGAAGGAGGAGAGGUUGGAACACAGAGUCUGAGAAAAUGUUGAGAUAAAACAUCGGAGGGGUUGACUCCAUAGGGUUGACUCCAUAGGGUUGACUCCAUAGGGUUGACUCCAUAGGGUUGACUCCAUAGGGUUGACUCCAUAGGGUUGACUCCAUAGGGUUGACUCCAUAGGGUUGACUCCAUAGGGUUGACUCUAUAGGGUUGACUCCAUAGGGUUGAC